CACAAGUACUAUGCAACAAACAAGAAAAUGGAAACUUUUCUCUCAUCGCUUGCUGUUUACAUGGUGAGCAAUCAACUCUUUUUCCUUUUCAGAUAUAGAAAUACUUAGGAUAUAUCUAUGUCCUUUUCAUUCUGAGUUCUCAAUUUCAUUUCUAUAAUUCUUUCAACUCUUUAAAGUGUUUAAAGCUUGAUUCUUUUACAUGUUCUUCUUCAUUUGUGUUGAAAAUUGGAUAACUUUCUUGAAUCCAGCUUGAAUUUUCAAGAUUAUAGAACCCCAUUUGCAGUUUCCUUGAGAUAAUUCAUUACCCUGUUGGAAAAAUAUGGAUACUUUGUUGAAAACCCCAAAUAAGCUUGUAUUUCUGCACCCAUUUCAUGGUUUUGCUGCUAAAGCUAGUGCCUUUAGCUCUGUGAAGAAUCAGAAAUUUGGUCCUAGGAAGUUUUGUGAAACUUUGGGUACAAGUGUUUGUGUUAAGGCUAGUAGUAGUGCUCUUUUAGAGCUUGUACCUGAGACCAAAAAGGAAAAUCUUGAUUUUGAGCUUCCUAUGUAUGACCCUUCAAAAGGGGUUGUUGUGGAUCUUGCUGUGGUUGGUGGUGGCCCUGCAGGGCUUGCUGUUGCACAGCAAGUUUCUGAAGCAGGACUCUCUGUUUGUUCAAUUGACCCGAAUCCUAAAUUGAUAUGGCCUAAUAACUAUGGUGUUUGGGUGGAUGAGUUUGAGGCUAUGGACUUGUUAGAUUGCCUUGAUGCUACAUGGUCUGGUGCAGCGGUGUACAUUGAUGAUAAUACGACUAAAGAUCUUAAUAGACCUUAUGGAAGGGUUAACCGAAAGCAGCUGAAAUCGAAAAUGAUGCAGAAAUGCAUAAUGAAUGGUGUUAAAUUCCAUCAAGCCGAAGUUAUAAAGGUAAUUCACGAGGAAUCGAAAUCCAUGUUGAUUUGUAAUGAUGGUAUUACUAUUCAGGCAACGGUGGUGCUCGAUGCAACUGGCUUCUCUAGAUGUCUUGUUCAGUAUGAUAAGCCUUAUAACCCCGGGUAUCAAGUAGCUUAUGGCAUUUUGGCUGAAGUGGAAGAGCACCCCUUUGAUGUAAACAAGAUGGUUUUCAUGGAUUGGCGAGAUUCUCACUUGAAGAACAAUGCGGAUCUCAAGGAGAGAAAUAGUAGAAUACCAACUUUUCUUUAUGCCAUGCCAUUUUCAUCCAACAGAAUAUUUCUUGAAGAAACCUCACUCGUAGCUCGUCCUGGAUUGCGUAUGGAUGAUAUUCAAGAACGAAUGGUGGCUCGUGUAAGUCACUUGGGGAUAAAAGUGAAGAGCAUUGAAGAGGAUGAACAUUGUGUUAUACCAAUGGGUGGUCCGCUUCCAGUAUUACCUCAGAGAGUUGUUGGAAUUGGUGGUACAGCUGGUAUGGUUCAUCCGUCCACCGGUUAUAUGGUGGCCAGGACACUAGCUGCAGCUCCUGUUGUUGCCAAUGCCAUAAUUCAGCACCUCAGAAGUCAUUCGGGUAAUGAGUUAUCGAGAGCUGUUUGGAAGGAUUUGUGGCCUAUAGAGAGGAGACGUCAAAGAGAGUUCUUCUGCUUCGGUAUGGAUAUUCUUCUGAAGCUUGAUUUACCUGCUACAAGAAGGUUCUUUGAUGCAUUCUUCGACUUAGAACCUCGUUAUUGGCAUGGCUUCUUAUCGUCUCGAUUGUUUCUACCUGAACUCAUAGUUUUUGGGCUGUCUCUAUUCUCUCAUGCUUCAAAUACUUCUAGAUUAGAGAUAAUGACAAAGGGAACUGUUCCUUUAGUAAAUAUGAUCAACAACUUGUUACAGGAUAAAGAAUGAUUGCGAGUUAUUUGAAAUCUUGUCCAAUUUUACAUAGCCUAUAUUAAUACAUCAAUCUUUUGUUCAAAUUA